GACGUUGGAUGCACGACCAGGAAGCCAGCAGUGAGAUCACUUUCCAGAAAUCCCCUUCGGUGCUGUCUCCUCUCCACGACGAAGAGCCAGAGCGACGUAGACCGAAAAGAUAAACACAGAAAUAAAGGAGUUUGUUGCUGCCUCAUAUUCCGACGGGUUUGAGCUGAAAUAACAACAAAUACAUUGAAGCAUGUCCCUGUAUCCAUCCCUCGAGGACCUCAAGGUCGACAAGGUUAUCAAGGCCCAGGCCCAGUAUGCCCACGCUGCCACCACAAUGCCAGCCAUCUCUGAGGGAGCCUACCAGCCUCAGCCUGUAACUGCUGGGAUGCCUGGAUCAAGCUUGUAUCCGAACCUGGAGGAGCUGGGUAACUACAUGGGUCUUGCUCUGGACAGCGAUGAAGUCCAGAGGAACCUGGCCCUGCUGCCUGUGGCUGACAAUCAAGUGGCAGUGCCCUCCAGCUCAGGUUAUGGGGGCAUGGUUCGGCCAGUGACAGGGACCGAUGUGGGCAUCCGGAGGGCAGAGAUCCGCCCCGGAUUGCGGGAGAUUAUCCUCUGCAAAGACCAGGAUAGGAAGGUUGGACUGCGGCUUAGGGCCAUCGACAACGGUAUGUUUGUCCAGCUGGUGCAGGCCAACUCCCCUGCUGCCCUGGCUGGCCUGCGUUUUGGUGACCAGAUUCUUCAGAUUAAUGGACAGAACUGCGCCGGCUGGAGUGUCGACAAAGGCCACAAGGCUUUGAAGGCGGCCGCUGAGACCCGCAUCGAGCUCGUGGUCAGGGACAGGCCAUUUCAGCGCACUGUCACGAUGCACAAAGACAGCUCAGGCCAUGUGGGCUUUAUCUACAAGUCUGGUAAAAUCACCUCCCUGGUCAAGGAUGGAUCUGCUGCUCGCAAUGGCCUGCUGACUGAACAUUACAUCUGUGAAAUCAAUGGGCAAAACGUUAUUGGACUGAAGGAUUCUCAGGUCAAGGACAUUCUGACCACCUCUCCCACCGCCAUGACCAUCACCACCAUGCCCAAGUUUAUCUACGAGCACAUGAUCAAGAGGAUGUCCAGCGGUCUCCUGCGAUCAGCCAUGGAUCACUCUGUCCCAGAGGUGUGAAGACGAGGAGGAGGACUGUAAACUGUCAGGAUGUCUACAAUACAGAGAUAUCUCUCUCACUCUCUCUUUCUCUCUUGUCUUUCUUCAUAUCUGUAUAUCUCUCUCUUUUCAUACCAAACCACCUCCUGCAUCACAAUCAUCAUCUUGCUUCAUUUUCUCAUCCUUAACAUAAAUCUUAAGAUGCCUUUUUUUUCUAUUCUUCAUUUCAGUAUUUUCUUUACCUUUUCAAAAUGUCCUCUUCUUUUUUUUGACAUGUCCAAGUCUUUUCUUUUCUUUGUAUGUUAACCUUGUAUGCUUAGUAUUACCUGUUUUUUCUUGUUUUGUAUUUGAGGUUUAAGGACAGUACAAAAUGUUAUUUUUUAAAGCCAUGCACACUAUCACGAGUCCAGAGCUUCCUCCUCAUCUUGGAGAAGAAUCAUUGUCAUGUGACUUUUGAUCUUGAAAAAAGCCAACCGUCAGUUAUCAGAUUAAUACCACAAAGAAAACGGCUGUGCUCCCCGUCCCUGCUCUCUGUCCCUUAUGUGUGUACAUAAAAAUCUGAGCUGAGUUCAAACCCAUGUCCUCAAAUGUAAAAAGAAAUUGCUGACAUGUUUUAAGAUUCCAGUGUACAGGUGUUUUUACAUGGCCAGUAAAACUCAACCAUUUUAGCAUCAUUGUCUUUAGUUUAAACCAUAUAUUUGUGUAAAACAAAAGAAAAAUGUCUUUUUGUUCAUCCCUAACAUUGAUGGUCCCUGGAUUUGAACAUAAAAGAGAGAGUUUCAUCUUCUCAAGAGAUAGCGAUUUAUCAUUAAACCACAUUUCCCGUCUCUAUGGGCCAAUGUAGUCAUGAUGAGACUCUGAUAUGUUGGAUUUGUUGGAACAUUCCCGGGGGAAGUGUAGAGAACGGGGCAGCACUAGAUGUUCGUUCCCCUAUGCAGCUGGGAUUGAGUCCUGUCCACCAACACAAAACAAACAAAGACCACAGUGCAGUAGGUAUCAGGAGCCAAGUGGAAGUUGUUGUCAAAUAUGGUCCUGUUGUGUUUCAAAUACAUUUUCGAGGGGGAUUGUUGACAUUUGUUUGGACAGGAUAUGUGCUGGACACACCCACUAAGUGCACUUUCCACUACCUUUUUAAAGGGUUGUUUUUCCUGUUUCCAUUUCAAUAGUAAGUUCAAAAUGUUAGUUUUUUUAUCAUUGUGUUUGUGGUACCUCAUGUAAAUGAGAGAACUCGUAAGAAACAAACAUGUUAGCUUUAGGAAAGUACUAAUUUAAUGCUGAAUAUCCUAUGCUCAGAUUGAAGUUUAAAAAUCCACAUCAUGGGUGAAACCAAUAAAUGGUCUCUUCUCUGCAAAAUGUCGAGAUCCUCUGUAAUAUUCCUUCUUAUACUGAGGGGGGCAGAGCGCACAUUUGUGAACUUCUGCCUGAUAUGUAAAGUUGCUCCUUUUUAUGCUGUUCAUGUUUGGAUGCAUGUAUUCCUUUAAUUUUCUAGGUAUGCAAUCUGAUAAACAUCACUGUCAUUCUGUAAGAAAAUGCUCGAAAAAUCUAAAAGUUUAUACACAAUUGUGACCAAGAUAAUAUUGUAAAACAAAUAAACAGUCUUUCUGUUCACAUAAA